AUGGAUGACCGCCGCCAGAGCAUGACCACCUCGACGACGACCAACACCACCGGCAACCGGUCCAGCGCUCUUCCUAGGCCAACUUCGCGCCUGCCCCAGCCUCGAGCCUCGGCCAUCCCAGCGCCGGCCUCGACAGUCCGACAUGCAGCCUCCUCGGAUGGUCUGCGAGGUCGCCCGGCCGCUGCCCAAUCAAGCACACCCAACGACCUGCGAGCUGCUGCAAACCCUCCUCGUCUUCGGGCCCCAGCGUCGAGAGAGCAGCUCCGGGGCCCCACGACCCCGACCUCGGCCCUCAGGAAACCUCAGAGAUCCAUUGCGCCGCCCCUGAGUUCACAGACGGCCCUUCGCGGCGCCGCCGCAGCGGCAGGCACAAGCACCAAUGCCGGCACACGAAGCCGGAGCGCGUCCCGCGAGCCAGCCCGGCAUGCUGCUCCCCCCUCCGCCGGGGAUGACCGCUUCAAGAAACCUCUGCUUCCUCGGCGCCGCCCUUCGGGCCAGUUCACUCCUGCCCUGUACCAGCAGAAUGAGGCCGUGAUCCACGACGACGACAGCCCUUCGGAUGAGCCACCUCCUCCCUGGUCGGCCUCGACCCCGACACGGCCAAACACCGACGCCGAUGCUUCUCAAGCUCGGCCAGCAAUCUCGAGGCCAUCGCUGGCAGAGAGGACCAUGGAAACCCUAUCACAGCUGCCGUCGUCCCCCGCCAUCAAGAGACGAGGCUCAAAUUUCUUCGACUCGGAACCCUCCUCCAGGAGGCCGUCUUCUCGGGCUGCUAGUGGCGGCUCCAGACCUGGCUCCAGUUAUCAGUCGGACGGCUCUUUUGGGAAAUCGCUGAGUCGCCCCGGGUCCAGCUCGGGGCCGUCCGAGGGUCUGUAUGGCGGUUUCAAGGCAUCUACGGCCUCGCACAGGCCAGCGGCCGAGUCUACCCAGGGCACUCCGUCGAGAAGAGGUUCGGCCAUUGUAAAGCCUGUUGGCCUCAAGACUCCCUCGGCCGCGAGCAAAAUUGCGCGGAAUCCAUCGCUUUCAGCUGCAGAACCCCGAACCCCGAGUCCGGAAAAGACUCCCGGCAUCUCCGUGUCAAAGUAUGGGUCAAAGACGGUGGCAGGGCGCUCCUUGAAACCCCGAGCGUCUCUCAACAGCCUGUACAGGAAGCCAUCUUUGUCAUCACUGGACCAAGCUGCCUCCAGCACUUCUGAGCUACCAAUUCGACCUACGCGCAAAAUCUCUGCAGCGUCUGCAAGAUCCUCGGUCGUCACGGCCGGAGAGGAUCGAAACCUCUCGAGUGCUUCCACGGUGUCAACCGCUCUUACGGCCGAGUCCGUCGAAGAAAGCCCAGGGGCCGCCACUGCACGCAAGUCGUCGGCGGCCCUGCGUGAGCAGAUCGCCAAGGCCAAGGCUGCCAAACGCGCCGCUGCGAAGCCCGUCCCGGGGGCCAGAGCAUCUGCCACGCCUCUGAAAUCCCCUCUGAUCCCCACCGACACCACCUUUGACUUUGGACUUCCGGAUGACCCAUUCAAUCAGGGCCAUUUCGAAGACUCGAACCGCAAGGUUAUGCAGUCUCGCAUCGAAACAGCACGGACUACUGGCAGGCUCAACAUUGCGGCCAUGGGGCUCAAGAAGAUACCCGACGAGGUGGUGAAAAUGUACGAUCUGGAAAGCAUUGGCGGCUUCAGUGGAGCCUGGGCCGAGAGUAUCGACCUCACUAGGUUCGUCGCCGCCGACAACGAGCUGGAGAGUAUCGACGAUUCCAUCUUCCCUGACGCCGACCCCGGCGAUUUUGCGGACGAUGAGGACAACAUGGGUCACCAGUUUGCCGGCCUGGAGUCGCUAGAUCUUCACGGCAAUACACUCAUUGCCUUGCCUAUAGGACUGAGGCGCCUGCAGCAACUCACCUCGUUGAAUCUCACUCACAACAAGCUGGCAAAUGGCUGCCUGGAAAUCGUAUCCCAGAUUCUUCCUUUGCGGGACCUGAAGCUUGGGGGAAAUCUUUUGUAUGGCAAAAUGGACUCGUGUUUCUCUGCCUUGGAGAAUCUGGAGAUUCUUGACCUCAAAGGCAACGAGAUCUCCGCUCUGCCUGACGGUUUUGAAAGGCUUUCUCGGCUCCGAAUACUGAACAUCAACGAAAACGCGUUUGAGUCGUUACCCUUUGGGAUACUGGCCCAGAUGCCCCUGGUCGAGCUGCUCGCCCAUAAGAACAAGCUGGUGGGCACACUGAUCGAUGUUGACGUGGAUGCUCUUACUCAUCUGCAGACGCUCGACGUCUCGGCCAACCGGCUGACUCUGUUGGCCCUGGGCCCAAUAUCUAUGCCGUCACUUCUCCAGUUGACCGUUUCGAUCAACCGCUUACAGUCCCUACCUGACGUUGGCUCCUGGAAGAGCCUGCUGACACUCAAUGCAGAUGAGAACAGCAUCCCUGCGAUCCCGGAUGGCUUCACCCAUCUCGGGAGCUUGAAGCAUGCAGACUUUACAAGUAAUGAUAUUCGAGUUAUCCCACCCGAGAUCGCCCGAAUGGACUCCCUUGGUAUGCUACGAAUCGCGGGGAAUCCCCUGAGAGACAAGAGAUUCACUUCGAUGACAACGGAGGAAUUAAAGGACAACUUAGCUGCCAGACUUGAACCGUUGCACAUUGAAGACACCCCGGUUCCCGAGAACGACGACCUUGAUGAUAGCCGAUCCGACUACGAUAAUUUCGCUACACCUCCUACAUCAGCGCCGCAGUCACCUGAAAGAACGAGGUCGCAGACUCUGAGCAGCCAGACUUGGCCGAUCAAAACCGGCGGCAUUCUCGAUCGGGCGAACACCCAAUCAUCAUCCUUACAUCCGGUCAUCUGCUCCAAGGUCGCAGCCGACCAGACUGUCCGGGAGAUUCGCUUGCAGCACAACACAUUCACCAACAUGCCAGACUCUCUUUCUUUCUUCGCUGACACGCUCACCUCCCUGUCCAUUGCCCACAACCAGCUAGUCGGCGAGGGCUACUUGACCGAAGAGCUCGACCUUACGGCAUUGAAGGAGCUCAAUCUCUCCCACAAUCGCAUCACGAGUCUGGCUCCUCUCACAAUCCACCUCCGAGCCCCUAACCUUCAGAAACUGGAUGUUUCCUUCAACCGCAUAGUAUCGCUCCCUCCUCUGCGUGAAACUUUUCCCAGCCUAUCUGUCUUGCUUAUUUCCAACAAUCACCUGGAGGAGCUCGACCCGGAAUGUGUCAGCGGGCUGAAAAUUGUCGCCGCGGACAGUAACGAUAUUGCUCAUCUCAACCCUCGCCUAGGACUCCUCGGCUUCGAACGUCUUGAGGUGACUGGCAAUCGUUUCAGAGUCCCCCGAUGGAACGUGCUCGAGCGCGGUACCGAAGCGACAUUACGAUGGCUCAGGGGCCGCGUGCCGGUCGCAGAAAUGGCCGAAUGGAGGGCGAAGCAGGGCUCGAACCUGGAGGAGGAUGGAAAUGGCGAUGAAUUCGACUGA